CUGCACACACUUUUGUGUCUUCUCUGUCUGCUCGGGUUUGGCUAAAGGAGAUUUACUGGAGAAAAUGCUGAAAUACGUCUUUCUCUUAUUUAUAUGCUUGCACUUGCAGAAUGGUAUUGCCACACCUGAUCCUACAGGGUGCCAGGACCCGGCUAUUGUGACGGCAGCUGAGGAGACACUGGAUCAUAUCAAUGCAUACAGACAAGAAGGGUACAUCUUCUCACUUAACAGAAUAUAUGAUGUCAAGCAAGAGCCAAAGGAGGGAGGUGCAAGCCUGUUACAUCUGAUAAUAGACGUGCUGGAAACAAAGUGUCACGUGAUCAGCAAAAAAGCAUGGAAGUCAUGUGAAGUAAAGACAGUUUCGGAUGUUCCAGUCUUUGGAAAGUGUGAGGCAUCAGUCACUUUUCAGACCACUAUUAUACUGCAUAACUUUAACUGCACCAUUCAGCAAGAACAACUGUGCUCUUUUUCAGUUCCUGCUGUUGCCAUUGUUGAAACUUGCCCAGACUGUCCAACAGCAGAGCGCCUGGAUGAACCAAUCAUAGUAGAGACAGCAAAUCUCUCUAUGCAAAAAUUUAACAAAGAGACAACCAUGCCCAAUUACUUUGCUCUACUGAACAUAACAUCUGCAAGUAUGCAGUGGGUUGUUGGUCCAGCCUAUUUUGUGGAGUUCACCAUUCAGGAGACAGAUUGUGCCAAAGCCUCAACAGAUGUUAAUUUCACUCAAUGUCGCCCAAAAGAUGGUCCAUCUAUUAAGGGAUUUUGUACUGGCUCACACACUACCAUUGAUGAUAGCCCUGAGAUCAAAAUUCCCAUAGAGGUCAACUGUUCCAUGUAUAAACCAACACCUGACAAUGAGCCAGAGAAGUUCCAUGAUGCAAUCAGCCACAGAACAACUGAAAAACCUGCAGUCCAAACUCCGUCUGGAUCUGUGCUGCUUCUGCCCCCUCCACCCAUCCCGAAGCCUCCCAGAGUACGGGCUGCUGCCAGCAACUGCCCUGGAGAAAGGAGACACUCCCUCGGACUAAGAGCACUAAAGCUGUGAACCAACUGUCCAUUAACAUCCUGUCCAUAACAAAUUAUGCUAUCUAGAAGUCAAAAAGCACUGGUGUCCAUAUGUAUUAUGUUGUGGUGCUAACUACAUCCUCACUGGGCUGUGAGUUGUACUGUAUGUCUCCCUGUCAAGCCCACACUGUAACCUCAUUACACUUCUGUAAGCUGACCUCAGACAAGCUAUUAUCACAGAAUUACGUGCUUUAAAAAUACUUUACAAGAUGGUAGUGUCUUGAAUACCACUGACAGUGUGGAAAUUUCAAACUUCCAGAUUAAAUCACCAUUUCUAUCAUCUAUCCAAUUGAAAUGAUCAUUUUAUCUGGCACUUUAAGCCCAGUACUGCCAUGAAGAUGGUAAUCUUGAUCUAGCUAUUCAAGGCAUUAGGGAGCACCUAAAUAAUACAGUCACACUGUAUGCAGAAAAAUCGCAAAUAUUACAUUCAUCUUAUCACUUUGUUUCUAGUUAGAAAUAUAAGAAGAAAAAAAAAAAAGAAAUAUAAGAAGAGAUUUCACUGAUUUCACUCAGUGUGAACUACCCUUAGUCUUUCUUCCUUUGAAA